GUAUUAGAGUAUGUUCGUUUUGGGCGUGUAUGUGUUUUAAGCAUCAAACUGUCUUUAUUACUCUUGAAAUGUAAAACAAAGAUAGACAGCUCAAAGUGCAUGAACAUCCGAAGCAUCUUAGCUAACACGUCAUUAUCCUUGAUUAAUACGAGAUAUUCCGAGAUAGGCUACGGUCCACGACUCUCACAAGUCGCGAGUUGCGAGUCGCGAGUAGUCACGCAAAUAUACGCGGAAAGUGUGUUUAUAGUCUCUAAGCACAUUUUAACUAUUUGUUGCUUCUUUGUUAAGAAACUCUCGUGUAUAUUAGAAAUUUUUGAAUGUUCGAUGAAUUGAUAUCAAAUACAAUCUAAACAUCAACAUCAUAAAUAAGUAACAAUAUUCACAUAAGUAUAGAAUUUGUAAUAAAAAAUAAAAAGCAAUGGAACACACAAUUCUGGUUAUAGGCAGUGGUGCUAGAGAGCAUGCUAUUUGUUGGAAAUUAUCUCAGUCACCGCAUGUAAAAGAAAUUUUGGUUGCUCCUGGGAAUAUUGGAAUUAAACAAGUGGAAAAAGUGGAACUGGUUGAAUUAGAUAUUAUGAAUUCUAAGCAAGUUGCUAAAUGGAGCAAAAUAAACAAUAUUGAUUUAGUAGUGAUUGGACCAGAAGAUCCUUUGGCUAAAGGAAUAGCAGAUGACUUAAAAGUUGUGGGAGUCAAAUGUUUUGGACCACAGAAGCAAGCAGCUAUGAUUGAAGCUAACAAAGAGUGGGCAAAGCAAUUUAUGGAGAAAAAUUGUAUUCCUACUGCUAAAUGGCAAAGUUUUACAUGUGCUGCAGAAGCUAAAACUUUUGUUAAAACAGCUCCGUUUAAGGCACUAGUAAUUAAAGCUUCUGGUUUAGCAGCAGGUAAAGGUGUGGUAGUAGCAAAAGACCAGCAUGAAGCUUGCAAUGCAAUAGAUGAGAUUUUGAAUGAUAAGAAAUUUGGAGCUGCUGGUGAGACUGUCAUCAUUGAAGAACUUUUAGACGGAGAAGAAAUAUCUGUACUUGCAUUUACAGAUGGAAAGACUGUUGUGCCUAUGAUGCCUGCGCAAGAUUACAAGAGAAUUUUUAAUGGAGACACUGGUCCAAAUACAGGUGGAAUGGGAGCUUAUUGUCCAUGUCCACUGUUAAGUAAAACAGAGUACGAACAAGUAAAAAUAAAUAUUAUGCAAAAAGCUAUUGAUGGUCUUAAAAAAGAAAACAUUUUAUACAUAGGUGUACUGUAUGCUGGAUUAAUGUUAACUGAAAAUGGGCCCAAAGUCUUAGAGUUUAACUGCAGAUUCGGGGAUCCGGAAACGGAAGUAAUAUUACCAUUAUUGACAUCGGAUUUAUUCAUGAUUAUGAAGGCUUGUUGCGAAGGAAUUUUAGACUCAUCUCUCGUUUCGUGGAAAGAAGACGUAUAUGCUGUAGGUGUAAUGUUAGCAUCUCGUGGUUAUCCUGAGUCUUCAUCUAAGGGUCAAGUAAUAACAGGCAUUGAUGAUGUGUCACGUAAACAGGACCAUUUCGUUUUCCACAGUAGCACAGCUGUUUCGUCAAAUGGCGAUGUGAUAACAAAUGGUGGCAGAGUUCUUAUUAUUGUUAGUAUAGCGUCGAACUUAACUUUAGCAGUAGCUAGAUCCACUCAAGCUGCUCAACAUGUGUCAUUCGAAGGAAAACAAAUCAGAACGGACAUUGCACAUAAAGGAAUUGCUAGAUCUAUUUUACAUAAAGGACAAUUAACAUACGAGAUCAGUGGCGUAAAUAUAGCUGCCGGAAAUCAUCUCGUAUCCGCUAUCAAACCAGUUACUUGUUCCACACAACGUACUGGUACUUUAAGUAUCAUAGGUGGAUUUGGAGGUCUCUUUGAUGUAAAAGCAGCAGGUUACAAUGAUCCUAUCUUGGUAUCUGGUACUGAUGGUGUUGGCACCAAAUUAAAAAUUGCAAUUGAAUGCAACAAACACGAUACAGUUGGCAUCGAUUUGGUAGCUAUGUGCGUGAACGAUAUUCUUGCACACAACGCGGAACCACUAUUUUUCUUAGAUUAUUUUGCCUGCGGCAAACUUGAUAUUGAGACAGCUACAAUGAUUAUAGAUGGGAUAGCCGAAGGUUGUAAAGAAGCAGGAUGCUCUUUGAUUGGUGGAGAAACGGCUGAGAUGCCCGAUAUGUAUUGUGAAGGAGAGUAUGAUUUGGCGGGUUUUGCGGUGGGCGCAGUUGAAAAAAACAGUUUAUUACCACGUCUAAAUGAUAUUAAAGAAAGUGAUGUGGUGAUAGGUCUUCCAUCCAACGGCGUGCACAGUAAUGGCUUCAGUUUAAUACGAAAAGUAAUGAAACUUGCUGAUAAAAAGUAUACAGACAUCGCACCAUUCUCAAAGAAUAAUCGAACUAUUGGUGACGAACUGUUGGAACCAACAAAAAUUUAUGUGAAAAACGUUCUUCCUGCUUUACGAACAAAUCUAGUAAAGGGAUUUGCGCACAUUACUGGUGGGGGUCUCGUCGAAAACAUACCUAGGAUUUUACCGGAAAACUUGAGUGUAACAUUAGAUGCAACAAAGUGGAAUGUUUUACCAAUCUUUGGCUGGUUAGCGGCAGUCGGUGGAAUCAGUAAAUAUGAAAUGUUAAGAACGUUUAACUGUGGAAUUGGUGCUAUCAUAAUAUGCUCCAAAAAAGAUAAGACUGAAGUUUUAAAUAAAAUGAAAGAUGAGAAACCAGCAGUAAUUGGAAGCGUGAACACAUAUCGCAUUGAGGACCAAACUAGAGUGCACGUGAAAAACUUCGAAAAGGUCAUCGAAUCAGAAAUGAAACAAUAUAUUCCUAAUUUAGUUAUGACACUGGGUAAACCCCUUAAAAGAGUAGGAAUUUUGAUAUCUGGCAGCGGAACAAAUCUUCAAUCAUUAAUCAAUGCUACUCAGGAUCCGUUUAAGCAUAUUGGAGCAGAAAUUGUUUUAGUAAUCUCCAACAAGCCUGGUGUUGAAGGAUUGAAACGUGCCGAAAGAGCUGGUAUUAAGACAGUGGUUAUUAAACACACUAAUUAUCCAAGUCGCGAAUCUUUUGAUGCAGCCAUGAAUGUGGAGCUUCAUGCUGCCGGAGUAGAAAUAGUAUGUCUGGCCGGUUUUAUGCGAAUUCUGUCAGAACAAUUUGUGAAACACUGGAAGGGAGCUCUACUAAAUAUUCAUCCGUCUCUUUUACCAUCUUUUAAAGGCCAAAAUGCACACAAGGAUGUUUUAGCAGCACGUGUGCGUGUAUCGGGUUGCACUGUACACUUUGUUGAGGUUGAUAUCGAUUCAGGAGCUAUCAUUGAACAAGAGACAGUACCUGUGUUUCCUGAUGAUACUGAAAAAAUUUUAGAAGAACGUGUAAAGAUGGCAGAGCAUCGAGUUUAUCCACGUGCCUUGAAAUACUUGGCAACUGGUCGUAUAAAAUUAAGGGAGGAUGGCACUCUCCAAUGGAAUUAAUAUUUUUUUUGUCAAAUUUAUAAAAUAUAGAAAUUAUGAUUUUUAUAUUUAAGUAAAACCAUAGAGAUCAGAAAUUUGAAGAAAGAGAGCUAUAGUUGUCAUAAGACAUGAAUUUCCAAAUAACACUCUUUUUUAUUACAGGAACUUGAUUGUUAAUUUAAGGUAAGUGUAGUAGUAGCUCCCGAACUAUAUAAAGAGUAAUUACCCAGUAAGCAAAAUGCGCGCAAUAUGCCAGCAGAUUGGCAACAGAUAUACUAAAAAGUUGCGAGCAAAUUGGCAUCUGUUAUGUCCGCAUUAGGCUUACGAUCUGCUAGCAAAGCCUGCUCACAGA